AUGCCCACGAGGACGGCAAGUGGAACGACGUGCCCUGCAACUACAACCUGCCCUACAUCUGCAAGAAAGGCACAGUGUUGUGUGGGACCCCCCCCCGCAGUGGAGAACGCCCAUUUGAUAGGUCGGCGGAGAUCCCACUACGACAUCCAUGCAGUGGUACGCUACCAGUGCUCCGAGGGCUUCUUCCAGCGUCACAUCCCCACCGCUCGUUGCCGGGCCGACGGGAGCUGGGAAAGACCCAGGAUCAUCUGCACAAAGUCCCGACGGUCCCACCGGUACCGACGGCACCAUCGCAAUCAGCACAACGAACGCCGCGGCCACAGGAGACACGGCGGAGAGGGACACAAGGCCAGAGAGGACGCACACAGCUACUACUGAACCAAAUAAUCUAACAUCUGCAAAGCCUAGGUGCUAACCAUGGCCCAUGAAGAAAGACAGUAGUCCAGAUCACUCCCACUACUUUUUCCUGCUUCUAACCAUGCUCCGUUUGGCUUUAUUCCUCCUGAUUAUUACGAUUUUCUUACUCAAACAUACAAUUUAUCUCCAUCACCACCUAUCUCUGAGUUUGGGUGUUUUGAUGCUUCUUUUUGUUUUCCCCCUGCUUCCUUUAAAGGUCCAUGCGAACACUAACUCUUAACACUAACUCUUGAUCCCAACCUAACAUAUCAUUCUCAGUAAAUCUGUAAAGUCUGUUUUGUUCUACUGACAUGCGUUUUUUCUAAUAUUUUCUACGUUUUUGUGCCAUGUUACUAUUUAUUAUGAAUUGUUUGCUAGUGAAUAUGCUUUCUUUUUUUACUUAUACUUCACAAAGCCGGGGUAACA